GCAAAACAGAAACACUGCUGAUAUUGCGGUCUUACGUGGCGCAUCCAACGAAAUGGGGAGAUAUCAUAGAGAACGUAAAACAAAAUGUGGAACAGCUGCCCCGGAUGCUAGACAAUUGUACCAGUCAGGAACAGCAAAACAACUUCGAGACAGAAUGUCUGGAAAACAGGGAAAAUUGAUGGCGCAAGAAAAUAUUGCAGAUGCAGAUAUAAGGGAGGCAGUGCUACGUGUCAAAGAAUUAGAGAGACGCCUGGUGAGAAGACCUCCGGCUGCGGACGUCGCACCUGCACCUCCGCAGGAUAUCAGAGAUAAUGUUGCUGCCCAGAUGUCGGACCUUUCGGAUGAAGAGCCAGAUGAUGCUAGGGCCGAUAAUCAGCCGCCUGUCCUUCCUCAAGCUGGCAUGAAUGAGCAGCCUGCACAGAGGAUAAAGAAACGGCCACUUGCUGACAUCAUCCGGGAGAAUCAACUUGAAUACAACAAGUUUAUCAAAAAGAAAAUUCCAAAGCUUAUGCGUCAGCUUGGAGUUAGUUCUGAUGACUCUGAUUCUAACUGAUUUGUAAUACAUACAGUCAAAUAAAAUAAGACCAGAAAUUGCAGAUUUUUUCUGUAUGCUUGUCCAUAAACGAACAAAAUAUUUUAUGUUGGCCUAAGUACCAAACAUCAUCUUGAGAAAGUCCCCCAGUUAUGAAAGCGAUCCGCUGUUCACAGUCACGUCCGUCAUAAGUCGCACAACUCUAUUAAGAAAUUCAAAACUUCUAUCUUUUGAGAACAGGUGCAAAUACCAUAUUUCAUUAUUAGUGUACAAAAGUAAAAGAGGAGAUUGUCGUAUAUACAUUUCAGAUUUACUACAUUUUGUUCAUAAUGAUCAUUACAGACUGCGAUCAAUCGAAAACAUGGAUCUUUCUAUUGUUAAACCUAAAACGAACUACCUGAAACAAACAUUUAGCUACAAAGCUGCACACAUAUGGAAUUCACUUCCUUCUUACAUUAAACUUCAUAAUAAUAAUAUAACUACUUUCAAGCAUAAUUUAAAGAAUUUUCUCUUGUUACAAUAGUUUUUAGCAAUUAAUUACUUGUAAUUACAAGAAUUUUGUUGAACUGAUGUUACUGUAUUCGUUUCCAAUAAUAAUAAUAUUCAUACUAUCUUAUUAUUCAAAUCUGGAACUAUUUAUUAUCUUAUGGGACAGACUCUAUUUUUUGUCUGUAUCUUAAUUGUCAUGUAUAAUCUUUGUGACGCAUGGUAAUUCUUUUAAAACAUAGUUAUUGUUAUAUUACGUUUAUUUAAGACUUCUUUAAUUUGAGACGUGUUUGUCGAGAAAAUUUAAGUAAUCCUGAUAUGUGUAUUUUUGUAUAAAUGUUAAAUUAUAAAUUGACUGUAUGAUUGUGUGUAUAUGUGAAUGUAUAUCAGUUGAAGGCCAUACUGGAAAUAAGUUGU